CCCUCCGCGUCAGCUCAUAUAUAUUCCUCCGGGGCGACGUGUCCACGUCCCCACACCCAUCAAACCUACACUACUUCAACGCCGUAUACACUUGUUCGAUUCACAACCAUAAUCAGUCACGGCAGCAACAAUUAGCAAUAUGUCUGCUAAUAUUCCUGAUCGCAAUCGGAUUAUCGAUGCCACCUUACAAUUCAUAGGUGAUCAGGUCAAAAACUCAAUCCAGAGUACCAAUAACGAUGUUACUAAUCUAAGGGCUGAUAUUGACAACAUGCGCUUUAUGAUUGCCCGGAUGCAUAGUGAUAUUAUCGAAGUUAUGCUGCGUCAUGAGAGACCCACGCAGAGACAAGGCAACCAUUUACUUCCAGAUCCGCCUUACCUUCAAGAUGCCAGGGAGAAAAACUUUCUGCCAUGGAAACUGGAGGUCCUGACUAAAUUACGCGUCGACGGCAGCGCAAUCGGCUCGGAGAAGGAUCAGUUUGAAUACGUCUUGAGUCUGCUCGCAACAGAACACAGAAACUUUGUCAAAUAUGCGCUUCAGCGCCAGGAACCCGACGAGAACCGCGACAUUGGCCGGAUUUUUGAGAUUAUGAAUGAUCUUACCUAUGAAAUUUCCCGCGAAGCAUAAGGCCAGUUACAUACAUGCAUACCUAUUCAUGCUAGGUCGAAAUCCGGAUAAUAAGGGGAUAUCAAGAAAGUACGCACGCAACCUCUAUUCUGCGUACAGGAUAGGACAAGAGCGAGUCAGCACUCAUACGGCCAUUGUAUACCU